AUGCCGAGUCUGAAUGACUCGUCGUCGCACGCCAGCGGAUCGACCGGCGACCUGCCGCCGGACGUCGCGGCGAGCCUGGCCGACAUCGAUGAGUCUGACGCGAGUGGCGAGCGAGUCUACGCCGUGGCUCCAGGCAUUGUUGUGGCGCCGACGGCGUUUAGACCGACGCUGGUCGAGUCCGAGUCAUCGGACGAGGUGGAGACACCCGAGCACGCCCAUGUCGCUGUUCCCGACAUCGAGCCUGACCACGCCGCCACCAUCGCAAGCUACAACGGGAGCCACGCAUCGACGUCGUCAGAAGAGACGUCGUCGGAGGAGACCGGGUGCAGCGAGCCCGAGCCAGCAGCCGAGGUGGCUGACGACGGCUCGGGCUCGGGCUCGGGCUCGGGCUCGGGCUCAGACUCGGACUCGUACUCGUACUCGUACUCGUACUCGAGCGGUGAGCUCGCGCGGCGGGCGCGGCGGGCCAAAGAAGACGCUCUUUUGGAGACACUGGGUCUUUCGGAAGAGGCGCUGCGGCGGUACGCGUCGGCGUUCCGCAAGCUAGACUCGACAAACGACCGGUACGUGACCGUCGAUGCGGUCCGCGACUACGCGGUCGGGCAUGGCUUUGCACACGACCCGGAGCAUGUCCAGCGUGUCUUGCACCGGCUCCACACCAAGGUCGACGCAGCGUCUGACGAUGGCAAGGUCUCGUUUGUGGAGUUCUGCCAGGUGUUUGAGGAUGCGGCGCGCGCCAAGUUCCGUGUUCUCCACGAGGCCUUUAAGCUCCUCGACAGCGAUGGCGACGGCGUGGUCUCGGAGAAGGAUCUCAUUUCGGUCCUCAGUUCGCUCGGCUAUCGGGGCGCACCCAAGGCGACCAUGGGCUCAUUUGGCACCAUCGACGCUGUGCGGCUCGCCAUGAACAAGGGCAUCACGUCAGACCGCGGGCUCUCGGUGCUCACGCCGGUCGAACGUGCCGAGCUCCUUGACUACCUUGAGGACCACUCGUCGCGGACAGCCAUCGACUUUGCCGAGUGGCUCUCAGCGCUCGGUUACUCAGGCCAGGUCUUUGACGACGCGGAGCUCGAGCCGCUGCCAGAGCCGCAGCCGUCUGGAAGCGAGGGCGCGACCGGGGUGCUCACGCCGGCCGGCGAGCUCGACGACCACUACGAUGACGACCUCAUGCGGCUGUAUGAGCCGGCGACCGACUCUCCAGUCUCAGGCCACUUUCCAGACGCACCCGGGCGUGUUCGGGCCUCCACCGACGGUGUCGAGCUCGUAGUUGUCGCCUUUCAGCACCCGUCGUGGCCCAACGCGACGCUGCGUGCCCGGCUGAGCGACACCGUGUAUGUGGUGCGGCGGCAGGUGGCCGAGGCCUUUGAGCUGGACGUCUCGCGGGUCCGGCUCUAUGCGCCCAACGGGUUUCACAUGAAGGACCCGGCGCGGACGCUCGCCUCCUUUGGCAUGCGCUCGCGGCCGCCGUCCAAGCCUGAUCCUGACCAGCCGCAACGGUGGCGGACGCUGACACUGCUGACCGGCGCGCCAACGAGCCCGCUGCCACGGGCCGAGGCCUUUGAGGGCGGCGAGUUGAGCGCUCCGCGCAUCGACCCCCUUCUCGACUGGUUCCUGCAGGGUGGGAAGCUCGAGGUUGCCGACGCAUUUGCGUUGCUUGAGCGCACACGCGCGCUGGCUGCGUCCGAGGCCAACGUUGUGACAGUCCACGAGCCGCUGGUUGUGGUCGGCGACUUGCACGGUCACCUGUACGACCUGCCGGCGCUUGUGGAUGCAUCCGGAAGUCCCCAGGCUGGCUCGCUGGACAGCUUGCUGCGCUCGGGCGUGUCGAUGGUGUUCCUUGGCAACUAUGGGACGCAUUCGACUACGUCGAUCGAGACCACGCUGGUGUUGUUUGCAGCCAAGGUGCGAUACCCGGAGCAGGUGACGCUCUUGCGCGGGGCGAUGGAGUCUGGCGAGGCUGCGACCGCGCUUGGGGUCCGUGACGAAGUGCUUGCCAAGUACGGCGGGGCCAAGGGCGACGACGCAAUGGUGUUUGACGCGCUGGUGGCGACGUACGAGGCCCUGCCGGUGGCGGCGGUUCUCGAGUCCGAGUCUGCGGGCGUGCGGCUGUUUGCGUGCCACGGCGGGCCGGCGUCGAGCCUGCCGAGCCUCGAGUCGGUUGAGAGUGUGAAUCGUAGCGACGAUCUGGGGACUGGGCGCUCGGUCAUGACGUCGCGGCUGCGCGAGCUGCUGUGGAACGAGAUGGCGAGCGAGGUGUGGACGGCGGAGCUCGCGGCGUCACGGCGGUCGUCGAGCCGGUCGGUGGCGUCGCUGACGCUGACGCACGCCUCGCCGUGGGUCCAGCGGCGGGCGCCGGCCAACGACACGGGCGGCAUCGACAUUUCGCAGCCGUCACUGAUGUACAACCUCGCAAACCUCGGGCCGUGCACCAGCUACGAGAUCUCCGGCGGUUUGCUGGAGAGCUACGGCAAGGACGCAUUCCGACCGGCCACGCGAUCGGCGGUGGCCAAAAAAGUCAGCCACCGUGCGGUCAACUACUUUCUGGCGACGAACUCGCUGCUCGGCAUGGUGCGGUCGCACUACGUCCCGCGGCGGCGCGGGUACCAGCUCGGCAAGCCCGGGCCCUCGCGGGCGUUUCCGAGUGUCAUCUCGCUGCACUCGGCGCCGAACCUCGACGACGCUUUUAUGCAAGAGGGUGCGGUGCUGACGCUCCGCGCCGGCGUGCUCCAGCUCAAGCCAUUCACCUGGGCACCACAUCCACUGACGUACGGACCCGAGAGCGCGCGGCGGGCUGGCGUGGCGGUCGGGGCGCGGCACUGGGCGCUGGAGGACUUUCAGCAGUUCCUCCUUGCCUCGUACCCGCGGGUGUACAAAGAGCAGCCGUUGUGGGUCGGGCUCGAGCGUUCGGACUGGGUCAGGACGUUCCUCGAGGGCUCGCUGGCGAUGAACGGGACGCUGAUCGACAUGGAGGCGCUGCAGCCACAGUCGUCAGCGUGGGAGUUCCUCCGAGCGCAUGUAACCGACAUCCUCCGCGCGUCACCGGACCCGCGCGUUCGCGAGCUGUACAAGCGCCGGCGCGGCGACAUCUCCGACUGGUACCGCGGGUACGACUUUUUUGCCGCCGCCCUCCACGAGCACGCCAACCUCAACGUCGACACCGAGGCGCAGCGCGCGCGUGCCACCGGCGCACCCGACCACGAGCCUUACCUCCGUGAGCUGCUUGCUGCCGGCGCCCGUGGCAUCAUUACCCAGGCACAGUACGUGGCGGCCAAGGCGGCAGCGGCUGAGGCGCGCAAGGCUGCCAAGUCUGAAGCCGGCAGGGCGGCCAAGGUGGCGCGUGCAGCGGCCAAGGCAGCGGCUAAGGCCGCAGCGGGCGCAUCCUGCGGUGGCGGCGUCGGCGACGCGGUCGGCGAUGGACCGGGCGCGGGCUCAAACUCGGAUUCAGAGUACUACUACGACGACGACUACGACGACUUUGCGGCGCUCGACUAGCGCUAGCGAUGUAAACGCAGUGUGCCGA